ACUGAUGAGCCACAAGCGAGCAGAAAUGGACAAAAGAAAGUCUACAUUAUGGAAAUCUCAGCCUCCCAGUCAUGGCAAGUUGUUCUCCUGACAAGAAAGGACUGUUUUUCGCCGUGAGAAGAGGCGACAUCCCUGCAGCAAACACCUGCUGUGCGCAUCGCGACAUUCCAGAGUGUGUAGGAGGAACAACUGGCAAGACGCAUCGGGGAAAUGCAUCCAUCGACGGGAAUGACCUACCAUCGCGAAAAGCAAAGAAAGAGUCUGCGCCGGCGCCAGAGGAAAGCCAAGAAGAAAAAGAAGAAACUUCAGAACCGAGGCUUCACAUGAAAGCAUCUACAAGCUGGUUCAAACAGACGACGAAGCUUAUCCCACACCAGUCUGACCUGCAGCAAAAGGAAGGCGAACAAGAUUUAAAAAAAAAAAAAAACCCCGCCAGAACCAAGAUGAUGAAAGCAUCUCCAAGGGGGCUGUCCGUGCAGGAUGCCAUCAUUACACCUCAACCCACCCCCAUGCAUCCCUCGACUGGGUUGACAUUUUUUCCCCCUUAGAUUGCGCACGUACCCACCACCCCCACACCUUCUGUGAGGCAGCUUUUUUUUGGGCCCCGGCAGUUCCUCGCUGUGCCGGCCUGGGAAAAGGAAUAAGGGAGCGAGAAGAGAGGAGGCAUCGGGACCAUGGAUUCUCUUUCGGUCUUGCUGAAGUCCUGGGUGCUGCUGCAGACGCUGUGCCUGGUUCUGGCCCAAGUGAGAGGCCCACCUGGACCCCAAGGCCAGGCAGGCCCACCAGGCCCCUCUGGAACUCCCGGGUCGGACGGCAUCGAUGGAGACAAAGGUGCUCCUGGAUCACCUGGUCCACCUGGUCAAAAGGGAGAGCCGGGAGAGCCGGGUCGUGAUGGAGCACCAGGAGAGAACGGCAUCGAUGGUUUGAUUGGUGCCAAAGGCGACCGAGGUCCAAUCGGAAGCCCUGGGCCAAAGGGUCAGUCUGGUUUAAGCGGAGAGCCUGGCCGUCCUGGAACCGGCCUACCCGGACUUGCUGGUGCUCCAGGGCCAAUUGGUCUUCCCGGUAAUAUCGGACUAAUCGGACCAAAAGGUUUAAUGGGACCACCAGGACCUCCGGGACUCCCCGGCCCACCAGGCAAGCCGGGUCCUCCCGGGAAGUUCAUUGGCGGAGAGGAGGGAAGCGCAGAUUUCCAGUGUCCUCUCAACUGUCCAGCAGGACCCAAGGGCCCGCAGGGACUGCAGGGUGUCAAAGGCCACAAAGGACGCCCCGGUGUUCUCGGAGAUUCCGGCAGCAUUGGAAAACUGGGAAUCAAGGGAGAGGUGGGCAUCUCUGGAGAGCAAGGCAUCCCGGGGCCUCCUGGUCCAAUGGGCGUGAGGGGUUAUCCAGGAAUGAUGGGCCCCAAAGGAGAGGCGGGACCACGCGGUUAUAAGGGCAUCAACGGACCCGUUGGGAUUCCCGGACCUCCAGGUGAAGAGGGACCACAGGGACCACCUGGAGAGGCAGGCGACAAGGGAGACAAAGGCAGCCGCGGCAUACAAGGCCCACAGGGCGCGGUUGGCAAAAAGGGCGAAAACGGCCUGCCUGGUAUUGAUGGGAAAGAUGGCACACCUGGUAUUCCUGGAAUCAAAGGUGGGCCCGGCCAGGAUGGGAUGCCAGGUCCCCCCGGUCCUUCCGGAACAGCGGGAUUACCUGGUAGUCCAGGGGCCAAAGGUGGACCUGGAGUUAAAGGCGAGGCUGGUCCCAGAGGUCAUGCCGGCAUGUCCGGUGCACCUGGACCUUUGGGCGAGCCUGGGGUUCCUGGUGAGGCUGGUAUGGAAGGAGUUCCCGGUCCCAAGGGAGACCGAGGUCAGCGCGGUCCGGUGGGCCCACAAGGAAUAGUUGGAAAAGCUGGAAGCAAAGGAGAGAGAGGACCGAUGGGCGUUCCGGGUACUCAAGGUCUGAGUGGAACCAAAGGAGACAAGGGCUUCCAAGGAAAAGGUGGAUCCAAAGGAGACAUUGGAGACCCUGGUGUGGAGGGGCUGGCUGGUGAGAAAGGUGAAAAGGGUAUGUCUGGAGAACCUGGGCCUAAAGGACAGCACGGAGUGAGGGGAGACCUCGGACAUAACGGUCCAACUGGAGACUCUGGAAAGCCAGGUGAUCAAGGACACCCUGGACUGCCUGGUCCUCGGGGGUUGAACGGCAUGAGAGGAGUGCCUGGCAUGCCGGGUAUUGAGGGUCCACCGGGACGUGAUACAUCUGACCAGCAUAUCAUUGAUGUGGUGUUACGAAUGUUGCAAGAGAGGCUGGCAGCAGUAGCAGUGAGCGCUAAAAGGGCUGUGCUUGGUGGAGCUGGUGUCAUGGGACCCCCCGGCCCUCCUGGACCUCCGGGAUCAACAGGGCCACAAGGACCUCAUGGCUUGCCAGGUUCUCGAGGAAUUCCUGGCAUGAUAGGAGCUCACGGACAGAUCGGAAACACAGGUCUUAAAGGAAAGAGAGGAGCCAAGGGUGAGAGAGGAGAUCCAGGUAAACCUCAUCAAGGACCACCAGGACCUCAUGGAAUCCAAGGUCCUCCAGGCGUUGACGGCGUGGCUCGAGGCGGCCGACCAGGCGAGCGAGGACCCCAGGGAGCGGCCGGCGGGCCAGGUCAUCCUGGUAAAGCAGGUCCACAAGGACUCCCGGGUUUCUGCGAGGCCGCCAUGUGUUUGGCAGCAUCUGCGUACACUUCACCAAGACUGCAGGAAGCAGGGACCAUCAAAGGACCCAACUUUUAAAAGUGGUGUCAGCAACACAGUUGAGAUGGAAGGACACCACUCUUCUCACUUGAGGACUUCGUAGCCACACAUCCAUCUGGAGAGAUGAAAUACUUUGUUGGAAAUGGACUUCAUGCAACAACAUCAAAUGUCUUUCAAGACUUGGACCAAUAAAGAACACACCUGUCCUGCUUGA